AUGGCCUCUUCCCACUCCCAUGUCUCUUCAAUCAAUCAACCAAGCUCGCUAUCCCAGGCCCCUGUCGAAAAACCCUCGGCACCGCCCGUCAAUAUCCUCCAUUCCCAACUUGCGCAGGCCUAUUCAUUUGUGCACCCGAUAUUACUCGUGGCACUAUGUGCAGCACGAUUCCAAGCAUUGGUUGCCAACCCAAUCCAAGAGCUUCUUGCUGACAUUCCCUGGUUGGCCUUGCUCCAGCUUUUCUAUGUGAUACUCUGUCUUCCGCCCUCCGGAUCAUUAACACCUUAUGCGGAGAACUCUACAAGUGAUGGGAAAGCACCACGUUCGCGGCCAGUGAAGCCUAGCUAUCGCCGUAAACAUUCUGGAAAGAAUGCCUGGGCUGGACUUUGGGCGAAGUUAAUGCCUGCCUUACUCUCACUAGGCCUGACCUCCUUUGUCGCAACCCCGGUUAUUUCCGCUCUUCUCGUCCUGUUCGGCGCCCCUCUCACUACCCACAACUACGAAACUGUACUCUGUGCAGCCCACAUGGCGCUCCUUUCCGCUUCUCCCUUGAUAUACGUCCACGGGAUGGAUGGCUCCAUCUGGAAGGAGGUUUGGGGAAUUGCUCGGCCCGCAGACACUGUUUGGGGUAGUGCUCUAGGCACAGGUUUGGGUGCCUGGUUUGGCGCUAUCCCAAUCCCACUUGACUGGGAUCGCCCAUGGCAAGCAUUCCCCAUCACUAUUUUGGUCGGCGCAUACAUUGGCUAUGCUCUGGGAGCAUUGAUCACUCGCACACCUCUGCUGUAUGGUAAAUGCAUUCAGUUCGCGCCCGAAUCAGAGGAAGAGGCCGAGAAGAAGAAAAACUAG